CAAGCCCCCUACUCGUUCCUGGCUGUUGACGCAGAGGCAAAAUGCACGAUAUUGUUCCUUUCCAGGUUGAUCUCCCAGAUAGCCUACUGAAGGAGAUAAAGAUCAAACUCCAGUAUGCUAGACUCGAUGAUGGCAUGGCAGAAGUUGAAUGGAAUGACCUCGAAAUUGGACAUGCCAAAUUCAAAAGCCUGGUGGAAUACUGGCGCGACCAAUACAACUGGCGCAGCUUCGAAGCCUACCUGAAUACGUUUCACCACCUCACGACCCAAGUACCCGUCAGUAGCUUUGAAAGCGUCGAUCUGCAUUUCCUCCAUCGUCGAUCGUCGAGACCUGGUGCCAUCCCGCUUAUCUUCGUGCACGGCUGGCCCGGCUCGUUCCUCGAGUCAUUAAAAUUGAUCCCUCUCCUAUCAGAACCUGAUGACCCAGAAAGACAACCAUUCCACGUCGUCGUCCCCUCGCUGCCCGGCUACGGCUUCAGUUCGUACUCUAGAAAGUCCGGGUUCGGGCUUGAACAACACGCAGAAUGCUUUGCCAACCUGAUGAAAAAGCUAGGCUACAGCGAAUACGUUUGCCAGGGUGGUGAUUGGGGAUCAUCCAUAGUCCGCUAUAUGGCCCUGAAUCACCCGGACGCCGUGCGUGCCAUUCAUAUUAACAUGUUCUUAGCGGUCCCCCCUGACGAAAAGCUCUCGCCGGAGAAAUAUGCGCGGUACAUUCAGAACGAUUAUAGUGAGCAAGAACUGCGCAACCUGGAUCGAACGAGGUGGUUUGCUACUGAGGAGAGAGGUUAUCAACGUAUCCAAGAAACCAAACCCGUCACACUCGGAUAUGCACUCCAUGACUCCCCCGUGGGAAUGCUCGCCUGGUUCGUCGGUAAAUUAACAGCAUGGACGGACAACUACCCAUGGACCCCCGAUGAAAUUAUCCACUGGGUAAUGAUACACUACCAGGGCAGCCCGAGUGCAGCCAUGCAGAUUUACGAAGAAGCAUCAGCAGUCUUGAACGAGAACCCUGCUAGUAUGUUGGGGAGGUACAUCUCGCAGCCGGUGGGUGGCUCGCUGUUCCCGAAAGAGCUUUGGCUAUACCCGCGCGAGUGGAUGGAGGAAGCUUGUAACAUCCAAUUCUGGAGACAGCACAGAACCGGCGGGCAUUUUAUUGCGUGGGAGCGGCCAGAUGUACUCGCAGAUGAUGUGGCAGAGUUCUUUGGACAGGUUUCCACAGUCGACAGAGACAACUUUUGA